GUAAUUUCGUGUAUAAUUUUUUAAAAAUGGGGAAAAACAAGAAGAACAAGAAUAAUAACAAAAAGAAAAACAAGAAUAAGAACUCUAAUGCCCAGAAGGAAUCUCAGGAGCCAUCAAAUGCCUCUACAGCUACUGAUAUUCUCCAAGAUGGAGAGGCUUCAGACCAGUUCUUCGACUCAUUGGGUCUAUCUGAUGAACAAAAGCAAAAAAUCCGUGAAAAUGAAGCAAAUCAAGACUCCAAACAGCCUGAGCCGGAAGAGGAGUAUGAAAGCACAGAAGAAAAGGCUAGAAUGGAUAUGGAGCAAUGUGAGAAAUUGCUUGGCAUUAUUGAUAGCGAAGAUAAAACUUUUGAAAUGAGGAAGGAGCAUCUGGAAAAAGAGAAAGAAACCCUCAAAUCUACAAUCAAUGAAAGUGAAAAGGAAGAGCUAAAGAAGAUCCAGAAGAAAAAUAAGAAAUUGCAAAAAGAAGCAGAUAUUAUUUUUCAUUCUAAACGAACUUCGAAUGAGUCCAAGCUGGAAUCACUUUAUAACCUUGUGAUGAAGGUCGCGAAAGAGCAGAUAAUGAUCCGGGAAUCUAAAUUUGAUCAACUUCGGAGAGCAGAGAAAAUCCAAGAUGAGAUCGAUGCAAAGAACAGAGGUAUUGACAAAGUAAUCCAGCUAAAACACACAUUAAAUAAUGUAUUCCAAGGGUUGAAGGAGAAGAAUAUCGAAGCUUACAGGCGCAAAGAUGAUGCUAUCAAGGCUCAACAGCAGGCAAAGAAAGAUAUGACAAAGAUGUUCGAAGCGGAUAUCGAUAAGGUCACUAACAGCUACCAGGAACAAAUCUCACUGAAAGAAAAAUACGAGAUUAAGAAGAAGGAGCUCGAACAACUUGCUGAAGUAAGAAUGGUCAUCGAGAAGAAGGAGAAAGAGAUUAAUAACCUCCAGACUGACAUCAAUGACCAGAUCGAGAACGAACUGAAGAAAUUAAUGGAUGAUUUCAACAAAGAAAAAGGCAAGUAUGAUAAACUUACACAAGAAAGAGAAAAUCUGAAUGAGCAGUACAAAACUCUGAAGGAUAAAUUCCAUAAAUAUUUGGAAGAGAUUGAAUCUGGAGAGUCAAAGAUAAAGAUCUAUGAAGGAGAGAUUGAGUCUCUGAACAGCAAGAUUCUGGCUACCUUGGAAGAGAACGAUAAAAUAAAGCAGGAGCAGGAUAACAUACUCCAGCAGCUGAGUUCCCAGGCUGGUGACUAGCCUAGAGCUUCCAUGAUUGGCUGAUUUGAAGGAUUUGAAAA